CGAGGCGGUGUUGUUUCUUUGUUGCACUCUGCGGUGCGACACAGAAAUGCGCACUGAAAACAGAGGCUGGCUGUGACAGACGGUUUGAAAACUCACCCCUCCGUGAUUUACUCACUCAGAACUUGAUUUGUUUCGACUUUAUGAUGGAUACUGAGGCUGAUGUCUUCUAUCGGGAGCUGCCCAAAGUGGAGCUUCACGCGCACCUCAACGGCUCCGUCAGCUUUGAGACCAUCGAGAAACUCAUCGGCAGAAAACCUCACCUCAACAUUGAACACGGCAUGACUGCUAUCGGCAAAGGCCAGCGGAGGACGCUGGACGAGUGUUUUCAGGUAUUCAAGGUCAUCCAUCAGCUGGUGGACACAGAGGAGGACAUCCUGAUGGUGGCGACAGAUGUUAUAAAAGAGUUUGCGGCUGAUGGCGUUAAAUAUUUAGAGCUGAGGAGUACACCGAGGGAGGAGAAAAGCACAGGAUUGACUAAGAAGAGAUACAUUGAAACUGUCAUCAAAGCCAUACAGCAGUGUAAAAGCGAGGGAGUAGACAUUGAUGUCAGGUUUUUGGUGGCGAUUGACCGCAGGAAUGGGACUGAAGUUGCCGUGGAGACAGUAAAGCUGGCCAAGGAGUUUAUGCUGUCCUCUGAUGGUUUGGUGGUGGGAAUCGAUCUCAGUGGGGAUCCAACGGUUGGCCAUGGCAAAGACCUACUUCCUGCUCUACAGAUGGCCAAGAACUGUGGACUGAAGUUGUCACUGCACCUCUCAGAAAUACAAUCACAGCUGGAGGAAUCAGACUUGCUGUUGGAUCUUCCUCCAGACAGGAUCGGUCACGGCACUUUCUUGCAUCCUGACGUGGGUGGAUCUCAAAGUGUUUUUGACAAAGUGGUGAAGAACAACAUACCGCUGGAGCUUUGUCUGACAUCAAAUGUUAAAGGACAAACUGUACCAAGUUACUCGAAACAUCACUUCAAAUACUGGUACCAGUUGGGACAUCCAAGUGUGAUUUGUACUGACGAUAAAGGAGUCUUCUGUACAGACUUAUCUCAGGAAUAUCAACUGGCAGCUUCCACGUUUGGUCUCAGUCGUGAAGCCGUAUGGGAGCUCUCCCAGCAGGCCAUAGACUGCAUCUUCGCACCCGAUGCUGUGAAACAGCAGCUCAAACAGAAGUGGAUUGAUUUAAAGCCUCAGGUGUUCAAAUGACCCGUUCAGAGGACCCCAAAGCCGACGAUAUACCUCAAAUAACAGUUUUUAAAAACCUUUCCAUAAACUUUUUACAAGUCUUUGUAGAACUCAUAAUAACAAAAGGGAUCUGGGACAAUACUUGAAGUAAAUACCUCUUUAGUA